AAACCAUCAUCCAAUAACAAGCCUCCACGCUCUCACCGAACCUCUCCCUCAACCAUUAUCAGCCGUCCAUCACGCUACGUACAAACGACGCGAUCUCUUCCACGUCAUCUAUCCGGAACCACUACAUGAUGCCCAAUCGAAACCCAGAGACUUUCUCUUUAAAUGCCGAUGGUCAGGUUCCUCGAACCACAUCCCCUUCUUCCUGCCUCUCCGAAGUCUUCCCUCGCCUCUCUCAUCCCUCUGCUGCCCGAUCGCGAUCCCGAUGGCGCCCAAAGCUGAGAAGAAGCCGGCGGAGAAGAAGCCUGCUGCUGCUGAGAAGCCGGCCGAGGAAAAGGAGAAGAAGUCCGUGGCCGAGAAGGCUCCGGCGGAGAAGAAGCCAAAGGCCGGGAAGCGCCUCCCCUCCAAGGACGGCGCUGCCUCUGCCGGCGACAAGAAGAAGAAGAAGAUGAAGAAGGGGACCGAGACCUACAAGAUCUACAUCUUUAAGGUGCUCAAGCAGGUCCACCCGGACAUCGGCAUCUCCAGCAAGGCCAUGUCCAUUAUGAACUCCUUCAUCAACGACAUCUUUGAGAAGCUCGCUCAGGAGGCCUCUCGUCUCGCCCGCUACAACAAGAAGCCCACCAUCACCUCUCGCGAGAUCCAGACCUCCGUCCGACUCGUCCUCCCCGGUGAGCUUGCCAAGCACGCGGUCUCUGAGGGCACCAAGGCUGUCACUAAGUUUACCAGCUCUUGAACGGUUAUCGACUCGGUCUUGACUGGAUCUUGGCAGAUCUGGGAACCUGGGGUUUCAUCUUGAACCUUGCUGCUUUUAAUUUAGCCUUUUAUUCUGGUGGAAGACGGUUGCUGUUAUGUAAUAUACUAAUUUCUGCUGGUGGAAAAAUGGCAACUAGAUUGUCUUUCAAUUAGCAGUGUUCGUUGGCUCUUGUUUUGAUGUUUGAUAAUGGAUAGAUUAUGCAUAUUUCCGCUGC